UGGGCGGAGACUGAAUGUCACCACACCCCCACCAUCAAGAGAACUAGAAGCUAGCUAGCCAGCCAUGUCUAAUGUCGAGUGUAUCCGCAAUACUCUGAAGGAUGUGUUAGGAUGGACGCUACUAGUGCAGGUGGUCCUGGGCUUCCUAGCUCUGGGCAUUCUCAAUACUAUAACACCAGUGUUAUUUGCGUCCAUCCCUGAGAAUGCUACGAGUGGUUGGAUAGCUGAGAGUCGGUGUAUCUGUAUCUGCCCUCAUAAUCUCAACUACACUGACUACUACAACACCACUCUGUUCACGAGGAAGGUGUACGAACCAGCGGAAUGCUCGUGUGAACUAACACUGCCUGGUGACAAGGAAGAGGAGAUAUGCCUGAGGUGCUCCUGUAGCUAUGAGUCACGCAAUGCUGCUCUCAUUGGAGCUAUAGUGUACGGUAUGCUGGUGAUGGUGUUCGUGUGCAUGCCUGUCUUCACUGGGUAUGUGUGUGUGGUGCCAUUCGCACGCAGGAAGCAAUCUCUGAGGACUGCCACAUCACGAGGUUACAGCCAACUCAACGAGGGCUCUGGUAUUGUUAGACUGAGAUCAAAUGUUCGAGACACAGACGUCCUCUCAAUAUCGUCCUCCUGACACUUUAAUAAUACACUGGACACUAUAUUAGGUUUUUAUUACACAGUUUGUUUUUAUUGAGCGUGUUUAAUUUGUGUAGUUUGAUCAAUGUACACGAUGAUGGUUGUUACAUGA